UUUUUAUUAAAACCCUUACCUUCCAUCUUGGAGUCAAUACUCUGUAUUGGCUCCAAGGCAGAAGAGUGGUAAGGGCUAGGCAAUGGGGGUUAAGUGACUUGCCCAGGGUCACCCAGCUGGGAAGUGUCUGAGGCCAGAUUUGAACCCAGGACCUCCUGUCUCUAGGCCUGGCUCUCCAUCCACUGAGCCACCCAGCUGCCCCCUUACCUGCCCUUUCUUAUAGUUUUUAAAAGAUUUUUUUUAAAGCCUGUUUGCUGCUCCAAUCAGUUAAUGCUCCAUUCAGUUUUGUCUGUGACAUGCUGCUGCUUUUCUUUGCUACUUUUCCUUCCUACUUGUUUCCUGGUGUUCUCCUCUCUUUUUAAACACCGCUUUCUCCAAUUCUAGGACAUCGUAUUAGCCUUUCAAUCUAAUUUAACAAAGAGUUGCCUGAUGGGGCGGCGCAUGGAAAUCCUGCCUGCCUUAGGAGACGUUGACGUGCUGGCCCUGGUGGCUUUGCCCCGUGCCCAUAAUGGACCACCCGCUCGCUGCACUCGCUGCCUUUAGAAAGCCCGAUAUUUCAGGCCGGGACUCCUCCCCCACAGGCAAUGAAGGCAGCUCCCUUGAACUUGGACGGUGGGUUUUUGAAGUGAAGAAACCUUCUUUAAGAAGGAGACAUUCACAAAUACUCUGGUCUUAAUCCCUGCACUGGACAUCACAAUUCCUAAGUGGCAGGAACUUAAUCAGUGGUGACGGCAAGUGAACGAGAGCCACCCUCUCCAUUUGCCCCCUUUCUUCUUCGGGCUCAGUUUAAAAGGAUUUCCAGGAGAAAUAAAGGCUCCAGAGAGAGGAGGGAGGCAGGAAUCCACGGAGACAGUCUUUCUAAUUGGGCCCCUUCCUGUGCACUUAUCAUCUCAAUGGGCACCUAAGGAGACCAAACAGUUCCUCUCCUUUCCAAGCUCGGUUCGGAAAAGAAGGACACUUUUCUCCAUUUCCUGUUUGCGAAGAAGUGGGUUCUGCCAGUUACAGACACCAGCCGAGCUCCAGGAGCCCAGGAAAUGACGUCAUCGCUUGGUUAAUGAAUACACCUGAGUCACCUGGGCUGGGAAAGACGCAGCCUUCUGUCCUGUGGGAGAAAGCAGCCCGGAAGUUGGGGAAGUCAAAGAAAGUCGAGGAACCCGAUUUGGAGGAUUCUCUGGUAAAAGAUGGAAAAGGAGAGCAGUUCCCCCUGGGAGAUGGGCUUGCUGAGAACGUUUGACUCGGGGGAAUUCAUCAGCUGGGAGAAGAUCGGCUCCGGGGGCUUCGGACAGGUUUACAAAGUGCGACACGUUCACUGGAAAACAUGGCUAGCCAUCAAGUGCUCCCCGAGCCUCCAUGUAGACGACAAAGAGCGGAUGGAGCUUUUGGAAGAAGCCAAGAAGAUGGAAAUGGCCAAGUUUCGCUACAUUUUGCCUGUUUAUGGCAUUUGCAGAGAACCUGUUGGAUUGGUCAUGGAGUACAUGGAAACUGGAUCCCUUGAGAAAUUACUGGCCUCGGAGCCGUUACCGUGGGAUCUCCGUUUUCGGAUCAUCCAUGAGACAGCAGUAGGCAUGAACUUCCUGCACUGCAUGUCUCCACCACUCCUCCAUCUGGAUCUCAAGCCUGCAAACAUACUGCUGGAUGCACAUUACCAUGUCAAGAUUUCGGAUUUUGGAUUAGCCAAAUGUAAUGGCUUGUCUCAUUCCCAGGAUCUCAGCAUUGAUGGAUUAUUUGGUACAAUUGCUUACUUGCCUCCAGAACGUAUAAAAGAGAAGAGCAGAUUCUUUGACAUUAAGCACGAUGUGUACAGUUUUGCCAUUGUUAUCUGGGGAGUACUCACACAGAAAAAGCCCUUUGCAGAUGAGAAAAACAUUCUGCAUAUUAUGGUAAAAGUCGUCAAAGGCCAUCGCCUGGAGCUUCCCCCCAUUUCCAAAUCCAGACCUCGUGCCUGUAAUAACUUGAUUCGACUCAUGCAGAAGUGCUGGCAGGACGAUCCCCAAAGUCGGCCCAGUUUUCAAGAAAUCACUGCUGAAACGGAAGACCUGUGUGAAAAACCUGAUGACGAAAUCAAAGAAACCGCUCAAGAGCUGGAUAUCAAAAACCCUCAGGAGCCCAAAGCCGAGGCAACGUCUAUCCCAGCUCAAUUUAAGGGUGUGUCUACGCCGACAUUUGAUAAGGACUACAGUCUUUCAGAGUUGCUAUCUCAGUUGGAUUCUGGCAUUUCUCAGACUAUAAAACAUUCAGAAGAACUGAGCCGUAGUUCCUCUGAAUCAAAACUUGCAUCUUCCAGCAGUGGCAAAAGACUUUCUGGUGUGUCUUCCGUAGAUUCAGCCUUUUCUUCCAGAGGAUCACUCUCUCUUUCUUUUGAACGAGAGAAUUCCACAAGUGAUAUAGGCACAACUGAUAUCCAGAAGAGAAAGCUCGCUGAAGCCAUCAUGUCUGGUGAUACGAGCAAGCUGAUGAAGAUCCUCCAGCCUCAGGAUGUGGACCUGAUCCUAGAUGGGAAUUCCAGCCUCCUCCAUCUGGCAGUGGAAGCGGGCCAGGAGGAGUGCGUCAAGUGGCUCCUGCUCAACAAUGCCAACCCCAACCUCACGAACAGGAAAGGCUCGACCCCUCUUCAUGUGGCCAUAGAAAAGAGAGUCAAGAAUGUCAUUGACCUUAUCCUGGCCAGAAAGAUCAACGUUAACGCCAAAGACGAGGACCAGUGGACAGCCCUGCACUUUGCUGCCCAGAACGGGGACGAGUCUAGCCUCCGGCUCCUGUUAGACAAGAAUGCCUCGUUUAAUGAGGUGGACUUUGAGGGCAGGACUCCUAUGCACAUCGCCUGUCAGCAUGGACAAGAGAACAUCGUGCGUAUCCUCCUGAGGAGGGGUGUCGAUGUGAGUCUCCAAGGAAAGGAUGACUGGAUGCCUCUGCACUACGCUGCCUGGCAAGGUCACCUGCCCAUCGUGAAGCUCCUGGCCAAACAGCCAGGUGUGAGUGUGAAUGCACAGACCCUGGACGGGAGGACUCCAUUACACCUGGCAGCCCAGCGAGGCCAUUACCGUGUGGCACGAAUUCUCAUUGACCUACAGUCAGACGUCAACAUCCGAAAUCUCUUUCUGCAGACUCCCCUCCACAUUGCUGCAGAAACCGGCCACACGAGCACUUCAAGGCUGCUUUUGAAUCGGGGAGCCGAAAAGGAAGCCAUGACAGCGGAAGGCUACACGGCCCUCCAUUUGGCUUCCCAGAAUGGACAUCUUGCCACCGCUAAGCUAUUGAUGGAAGAAAAAGCUGAUCUCUUCGUGGGGGGGCCCCUGAACCAGACAGCCCUCCAUCUCGCUGCUGCCCAUGGACAUUCUGAAGUGGUGGAGGAGCUCCUUACUCCGGACAACAUAAACCUAUUUGAUGACGAAGGGUGUACCGCCCUGCACUUGGCAGCCCGGGGCAGGCAUGCGAAGACUGUGGAGGUCCUGUUAAAACAUGGGGCGCACAUCAAUUUUCAAGGACUCAAGUUUCAGAGCAGCCAGCAAUUGGUGGAACAACGCGGCACUAGUCCAAUUGCUACGUUGUUACGUCGAAGUAAGACUUAGAUUGGUCCCUACUAAGUCUUUGUUUUAUGUCUCUUCUGUAGGGUGAGGAAGGGCCUUAUUCGGGUCCUUGCUACAUUCUUUGGUUAGUAGAACAAGAAAAUGUUAAAUAGCUAGCCCCGGCUAUAAACACCUUGUCUCAGGAAUUCAGGUCUCAUUGGCCAAGGAUGGAUAAAAGAAAAUGAGCGUCGAAGACAUCGAUAGUGUCGUCACCUUUUGUUUUUCAUUUUAAGCUUCUCUUUGGACAAGUAAUCUAUUCCCAGAGAGAAGCUAGUGGAGCCUCGUCUGAAGUCAUGUUGGUCGGCGUGGCUUUUGCCUCUUCCCAUUUAAGCCGAUCAGUGUGCCGUGUGGAUAAGAGAUGACGUAGGAUCAGUUUUUCAGUAACGAAACGAGUGACUUCAGUUACACACAGCCUUAAAAUGCUGAAAAGAUGAACUGUGAUCCCUUGGGGGAGACACGAGGCAGGGGACGAAUGACAGAUGAUUUGGUGUCAAACCACAUAAGUAAGACCCAGAUCUUGGAUACGAUGGAAUAAGCAUCUCUGUGGAUGGCUCUUGUUUGCUUUCAUUCUGGCACACCGGCGUCCACGUUGCAGAGAAGGAAGUCCCCUCGCCUGGGAGUUUCCUAAACUGAUCCCUCUCCCAACGUCAUAUUAUAAAUAGCAGUUGUACAUUUUGUAAAGAUUUAAGGUCGGCUUCAGUAAGCAUGUUUGACAUUGUUUUUAGAUGAAGAAAGAAAAAAGUGGAAGAAUUUCCGUUUUCUCAAAGUAGAGGAGAACCCAAGAGCUACUCGCCGUGUUAAGUCAUUGUGUAAAGUAAGGAGACUGAAAGCAAAAAAUCAGAACUUAGAUUCCCAGGAGCCGCCCUUCAAAGUUAGGAACUCCAGGCAAAGCUCACAGUGGCCCAUUGAUACGUACGUACGUACUCCAGUGGGGGGGGGGGAGGGGGUUGUGAUGCGAAAACAUCUGCAAACUAGCACCGCUUUUCUCAUUGACCUAACUUUCUUGGAAAUGAGAACAGUAUUAUCCACUUGUUCCAUCCAGUGUGUUUGUCUCCAUAUAAUUCCUGGCUAAAGCAAGUGCUAUUUUAUAGGGCUUUCAAUCUGCUUCCGAAGGCUGCUUCAAAACUGCAGCACGGUUGGAAUAGUGUAACGUCGCCCGAGGCAACUCUUUCAUGUAACAGUUCGUAUUCGGACAUGUGCGUUUGGAUAUUUCUUUAAAGCUAUUCGAAUUCUUGAUCUCAGUCUCAUCCGAUUUCUGUUAUACCGAGACCACGUGGUUCUAGAAAUUGCCUCAAUGUGUAUUCCUCCUGAUUAGAAUGAACUGGUGUGCAAUGUAUGGAUAAACACGAAUAUACUAUGUAUACUUUUCCUGGCUGUAUGCAUAUUUUCUGUGAUAGAAAAUAUCUGAACUGUUUAGAACUGGCUAUGUUUUAAUAUGCCCCCCCCUUUUUGUUUUUUAAAGCUCAGAUACCAAUAAAGUUUUUAACUGCU